AUGGGGUCGCACGCAGGAAAAAGUGGCAAGAUGCUCAACAUUGCAGUGGCUGGUUUGGGCCGGAUGGGCAAGCGCCACGUCGCAACACUCCUCAAUCGUGUCGCCCGCGCCCGAGUUGUCGCGGUCUGCAGCGCAGCUCCCCAUGAGACGGAAUGGGCACGCGGGAAUCAAGACUACAUCGACUUCGACAUCGAGGUGUACGACAGCUACGAUGACAUGUUGAACCACCAGGGUCUGCAAGCCGUCUGGAUCUCGACCAGCACCGAUGUUCACGCCAGCCACACGAUCAAGGCUAUCGAAAAGGGCUUGCACGUCCUGUGCGAGAAGCCGUUAAGCACAGAUCUUGACGAAGUUUCGGCUGCCAUCGCCGCCGCAGAAUCCCGGCCCGACCUGAAAGUGAUGGCAGGAUUCUCGCGGCGCUUCGACGCCUCCUACCGGGACGCAUACCAAAAGGUCAAAUCUAACACCAUCGGCGAGCCGUACCUAGUCCGCAGCAACACUUGCGACCUGCUGGACGAGACGGGGUUCUUUGUCGCCUACGCGAAGCGCAACGGUGGCAUCUUCGUCGACUGCACGAUCCACGACAUCGAUCUCGCGCUAUGGUUCAUGGACAGUCCUGCGCCAAAGUCCUGCUUCGCCGUGGGCACGUUGAAGCACCAUCCAGAACUGGCCGAGAGCCACGAUGUGGACAAUGGGGUCGGUGUUGUAGAGUUUUAUGGCGGAAGGAUCGCGUACUUCCACGCCUCGCGCACCCAGGCUCAUGGCCACGACGUCUGCACUGAAAUCAGUGGCACCCAAGGUAAGGUCAUGGUCAACGUCAUCCCCAAAGCCAACAACGUGGUCGUCGCGGACAGGACGGGCAUGCGACACGAGGUCCAGCCCGAAUACUGGCAGCGCUUCGAGGACGCCUUUGCAACCGAGGCUCAGGAGUUUGUCGCCGCCGUGCUCGAGGAUAAGAAGGUGCCAGUGUCUUUGGAGACCGGGUUCCUCGUCAUGAAGAUCGGGCGCGCGUUACAGGAGAGUCUGAUGACAGGAAAAGUGAUCAAGUUUGAUGAACAGGGCGAGAGAAUCGAGGAUAGUUAG